CCGGGCCCGGCUGUUGGCCGUGCUGCUGGCGGGGCUGCUCGGCGGGGCGCGGGCUUUCGGUGACGAGGAGGAGCGGCGUUGCGACGCGAUCCGCAUCGCCAUGUGCCAGAACCUGGGCUACAAUGUCACCAAGAUGCCCAACCUGGUGGGACAUGAGCUGCAGGCGGACGCGGAGCUGCAACUCACCACCUUCACGCCCCUCAUCCAGUACGGCUGCUCCAGCCAGCUCCAGUUCUUCCUUUGUUCGGUCUACGUCCCGAUGUGCACAGAGAAGAUUAACAUCCCCAUAGGUCCCUGUGGUGGCAUGUGCCUCUCUGUCAAAAGAAGAUGCGAACCCGUCUUGAAAGAAUUUGGAUUUGCCUGGCCAGACAGUCUGAACUGCAGUAAAUUCCCACCCCAGAACGAUCACAACCACAUGUGCAUGGAGGGCCCAGGAGAUGAAGAGGUUCCCCUUCAUAGCAAGACCUCCUUGCAGCCUGGAGAAGAGUGCCAUAGCAUGGGAUCUAACUCGGAUCAGUACAUCUGGGUGAAGAGGAGCUUGAGCUGUGUCCUCAAGUGUGGCUAUGACGCUGGUCUCUACAGCAGGUCAGCUAAGGAAUUCACAGAUAUCUGGAUGGCCGUGUGGGCCAGUCUUUGCUUCAUCUCAACUGCUUUCACAGUCCUGACCUUCCUGAUUGAUUCAUCUAGAUUUUCCUACCCGGAGCGCCCAAUCAUUUUUUUGAGCAUGUGCUACAAUAUUUAUAGCAUUGCUUAUAUUGUGAGGCUAACUGUGGGCCGGGAAAGGAUAUCCUGUGAUUUUGAAGAGGCAGCAGAACCUGUUCUUAUCCAAGAAGGUCUUAAGAACACAGGAUGUGCUAUAAUUUUCUUGCUGAUGUAUUUUUUUGGGAUGGCUAGCUCCAUCUGGUGGGUUAUUCUCACAUUGACGUGGUUUCUGGCUGCAGGACUCAAGUGGGGCCACGAAGCUAUAGAAAUGCACAGCUCUUAUUUCCACAUUGCAGCCUGGGCUAUCCCUGCGGUGAAGACCAUUGUCAUCUUGAUUAUGAGACUGGUAGAUGCAGAUGAGCUCACCGGUCUGUGCUACGUCGGGAGCCAGAACCUGGAUGCCCUCACGGGCUUUGUUGUUGCUCCGCUUUUUACCUACCUGGUCAUUGGGACUUUAUUCAUUGCAGCAGGACUUGUGGCCUUGUUUAAAAUCAGGUCGAAUCUCCAGAAAGAUGGAACUAAAACUGACAAACUGGAAAGACUGAUGGUCAAAAUUGGUGUCUUUUCGGUGCUGUACACUGUCCCAGCAACGUGUGUCAUUGCCUGUUACUUCUACGAGAUCUCUAACUGGGCCAUUUUCCGCUAUUCCGCAGAUGAUUCCAACAUGGCAGUGGAGAUGCUUAAAAUCUUCAUGUCCCUCCUGGUGGGUAUUACAUCAGGUAUGUGGAUCUGGUCAGCCAAAACUCUGCACACGUGGCAGAAGUGCUCGAACAGACUGGUGAACUCAGGGAAAGUGAAACGGGAGAAGAGAGCAGACGGUUGGGUGAAACCUGGGAAAGGGAAUGAGACCGUGGUAUGAGAAAAGGACAACACCCUGACGGUCUGACCACUUUCCAGUGAAGGACUGAUUGUGUGUGAGCACUGCCGUGUGAAUGUUGGGUGUAGAAUAAGGAGACUGUUGCAUAACCUGUCUCUGGGGGGUGAUAAAAACACAACUUUAAAGAAUAAACAGCAAAAAGAUCGUGCUGCAGAUACAAUAGCCAUAAACCAUGCUGCCCAAAAUAGGAAAGCCCAGGGAGGCUUUAGAAGCUGUGAAAUAAUCCAAAUCCAUUAUCUUCCUUUUAAAAGCAGGAUGCAAUGUACUGAAGUUUUUAGAAGCUGAGGGACUCUAGCUCACAGCUGUGAGAUGUUGCUUUCUUUUCAUCUUUUUAUACCCAGGGAAAAAAUUCUGGGCUGAUUUAGGGUCCAGUUUUCAGAAGAUGAAGCACUGACGACCUCAGAUGGCUUCUCUCCAAGUUCUGCAUCGUGAGGAAAGGUGUCUAACGAGUACUGUGUCUUUGUGACCCAGGGAGUUCUGCUUCUCCCAUACACUGCACAAGUCAGCCAAUGAUCAGGUCCUCUAACACGUACCAAGUGGAUUUUCAGAGAGUUCUGAGAGUUACCCAUGAUGAGUAGGAUUUAGUGAGGUGUUAGUGAGUAUGACUCUUUAAGUCAUCUGUUUGUCUAAUAAUAGUUUUGAUUCAUUUGUAACCCGGUCUGAAUUGAGAACUGACUCUGCCUUGAGCAGGAAUUUGGACUCCCCUAGGUCCCUUCCCACCUGAAUUACUCUAUGGUUCAAUCAGUGUUUCUAACUUUUCAAAAGCUUUAUUCGAGGCCAUUGGCAGAAGCAGAGGAGUCAGUGUGAGCUGGGAAACUCUGUAGUUAUCUGUGUCAAUUAUUGUUGUCCAUCUGCCUCUGUUCCUGUCCCUUCAGGUGCUCCUGCUCUUUCCAGUGGACUGUUUUAUUCUGCUGCAUUUAAUAGCUUUAAAUAUAGUUUUAAAUUACAGCAUUCCUUCCUCCAGGAGAGAGAAAAAUGAGUCGAGGGUCUCUUCAGAUAAUGCUAGGUUUCUCCCAGUAAACUUAUCUGCCUCUCUCUGGAGGCCAAUUGCAAGAAGCAAUUAAGUCUUAAUACAUUUCAUUCAGCGCGAUGGUAUCUCUGCAGACGCCAGUCUGGAGAGAAGCAAAAUGUUAAGUCCCUUGGCAACCUCAUGUUCACACAGAUCAGUUGUAUAAUUAUGUGUGUCAGUUACAAUUAAAAGAACAUUCUCAGCCCAUGACAUCACAGUACAGCUGACUGCCUCACAAUGAUGCUCUGAUUGCUUACUGACAGCUAUGGAGAUUCAAAAAACCAAAAUACAUAUUUACAUGCAGAAUGUGAGCAGCCCUCAGGAAUGGCAAGAGACAUGUCCAGCUUUUGUGAAGGGAUCUCAAGAGAAGAGAUCCAACUUCUUGGUGAAUAAUGUUGUUUCAUAGCAACUGUGGAGUUUUCUUACCCUUUUAUUUGAGGAGGCCUUGGCUUGUGCUCGUGGGGAGCUUGAACCUUGUGUCGGGACCUUGUUUGGCUAAUAAGAAAGGUGAUGCAAAUAGAAAUAGCCCAGAAGCACUUAAGAGAACAUUUUUUUUCCCUUUAAAGGACCUUUGGUUUUCUCUGUAUGCCCUGAACUUAUACUUUAUUUGUCUGGAACUUGGUCAGCUGUGGAGCAUCCCCCGGUGCCCCAACUCGCAUGACCUUCAAGGGCAGCUGAGAACAGGCGCUGCUUUAUUACAGUCUCUGCUUUUCACACAGGUGCCCCAUGUGCUUUCUCUAACCACAAUUCAUUCCAGCUCUGGCCAUGAGCACUAAUCUGUCCCAGAAGCAUGUAUUGUUUCAAUGUCAAUGUUGAAACAUGUGCUAAAGCACUUAAAAAAAAGAGAGAGAGAGAGAAACCCUACAAACCCAACCCCCAAACAAACCCUAAUUACAGUCUUUGCAGUUGGGCUCCCUCUCCAGCAGAACAAGUGACAACUUGACACUUUCUGCUCAAGAUGUACAAGCAUUGUCUUGGCCAAUGCUGAAUACCAGCCAAGCCUUCUCAUCCGCUCCAUAAAGUCUCUCACUGUUGGUGUUGUGUUUGGAUGUGGUUACUGCUCUGUGGACAAGGAGUUGGGUGAGUAGGAAAUCUUCUGAUGGCCAAGCUUCUCCAUUGUGUGAUUUUUCUCCUGGCUCAGCGAGGAGUAUGAGGUCAGCAGCUAUAUAUUGAUUUUCAAGAGGCAAGAAUGCUGCAGGAGCCUUUUCUUGUGACCUAGUGGGUUGUGCUAAGGUGUUACAUUCACUCAAGAGUCCUUCACUCUGAAAUGGCUUGGAUACUCUUUUGGCUGAUAUGACCCAUGUUUGACCUGACAAAUUCAAUAAACACAAAUUUUAACCGUGUUAUGUACACAGAAGUGAAUGUUAAGUAGUGCCUUGUUAUCAGAUCUCUGCAUAUCUGCCUCUGACCCUGUGGGCUGUGACAGAUGGAUGUCAUUGUGACUUGAGACAUUGGAAGUCAGUUGGGUGAUAACGUCAGGGACUAAUACUAUUGGGAGAGGUGGGCUGGGGAAAGACACCAGCUGCUGUUCCUGAGGGAGCAGCUUUCCCAAGCAGUCUAGGGGACAUUGUACCAACCCAAAGCAAAAUUAGCUGUUGCAGCAAUGAAAUCGUUCGGUAAACGUAUUAAAACCAUGAGCACUUACUGCUUCAGGGAUGUAUGAGUGGGAAGUCACAGCAGAAUGCCUUAAAUGCAGUAAUUGCAAAGAGUGGGUGUCUGCAAGUUCUGUGUUCUCUCAUUUCAACAUUGUUAUGAAUUUAAAGCCAAAAAAUGUGUGACUAAUCCUGUCUCGGAAGUGCAGUUGCUGUGGUUAUACAACUAGAAACUUUGCAGCAGUUACCUUCCUUGCACAGUCUCUGCUCACUUCUCCCUGCCUCAGCAUGUGCUCUUCUCACUGCAGGUUUUGGAAUCAUCUGCCAGAGAGGUACAAGCUUAACUCUUAUGUUAAAGAGAGAAGUUAGCUCCUUUUUUUUUUUUUUUUUUUUUGGUCUGAAUUUUAAGGAAAUAGACACUGAUUAUUUGGGGGUGUACAGAAAAUAUAUCUACUUCAAUGUACGUACUGUAAAUUUCUAAUUUAUCACUGUAAAAAUAAAACCCAAGGAUCAAAACCAACCAAAGCAACUUUGCUAUUUAAUUUUUAUAUCAAAAUAAAAUCUUAACCUCUGUGGAUAACAGGUA